GUCAAAAACCGCGUGCGAGGAGCGGUCUCCUUAACCGGUGUGAUUGCGCGUGGAGAGAGUCGCUUUAACUGUCGGCGCUUUGUUUUACCUAUUUUCGGUAAUGAAUAGCGCUGGAGCUGUGUUUGAAUGUUUGUAUCCAACUGCGCGGACAUCAAGAUCGGUAUUUGCAAGCCCGGUGAUGAAUCUGGCUUGAAAUUGCAACCCUUUUGUGUGUCUCGUUGGCGCCGAAGUGCGUUACGUCACUGCAAGCAUGACAAAGAUUUUUCAGGUGAUCAUCCGCUUGCUACGGAGACACUUGAUGCUGUUGGGCAUUUACAGAAAGUACCUGAAACGAUUCAGACGCUACGGAUCUGCCGAGAAUCUAUGCCAGAAAACCAGCUCAGAGGAGGACUUGAUCUAUUUGAACCGGAGGAAAAGAAGGUACCACUCUGUGGAGGAGAUCGACCGAGAUUGGUACAAGACUCAACAAGUGGUUUCCUACAGGGAGCUUGAGAGUAUGCCGUGCAACACAGCGGACAACUGGGCGAGGUACGAGGGUCAAGACAGCGGCAUUAUGGUGGCCAGACGGGGAAGCGUCAACUCGGCCUUCGUGACCAACUCGGCGGAGUACCACCAAGGAGAGGACACAAAUGGUAACUGCUUUAUUGGUGUGAGGAACGACAACUGGGACGACCGCGAUUACAACGCCAGCGUCGGUCACGCUGACUUCAGCAUCGACGGGGUGAUAGGCAGUGGAGGGUUUGGCUCAGUGUUCCUGGGGAGAUAUUGCGGGCGACGCGUUGCCAUCAAGAGCGUCCGCCAGUGCUCACGGAACAAGGAAGCCAGCCGGCAGAGCUUCAAGGCGGAAUUCAACGCUCUCUUCUUGCGGCACGAGAAUAUCGUCAGUGUACUGGCCACCACCGCUUACGAGGAUUUUGAUUCGGGCGCAUUUAUCAUCAUGGAAUAUGCGGGUAGGAAAAACCUCCAGCAAAUCAUUAACGACCCUGGGAAGAACCUGUCGCCCACGCGCCGCACCAAGUAUGCCCUGCACAUCAUUCGCGCGCUGCACUACACCCACUCCCAGGGCAUCGCCCACUUAGACGUGAAACCAGCAAAUGUUAUUAUCGACUUCAACACUGACUCGUGCAGACUGGCCGAUUUUGGCUGUUCUCAACGGGUACAUGACGGAGAGGACAAUGUGGCAUUCACCAGCCAGUCGUAUCUAACAGGAACCUUUGCCUAUCGUGCACCGGAGCUGCUCCGGGGGAGGCCUCCAACGACUAAAGCCGACAUUUACUCAUACGGGGUCACCCUGUGGCAGAUGUUGACCAGAGAAACGCCCUUUGCCGGUGAGAACCACCACGUAGUCAUCUUUGGCGUGGUAGCGCACAAUCUACGACCCAGCCUGCCGGAGAAUGCCAGCGAACCCUGGUAUGAAAGCCUGGUCACAAGAUGCUGGGAGGGCUGCGUUGCGGAUCGACCGUCGGCCGCCGACAUUCUGCUUGCCUUGGAGAGUCGCACCGAUGCUGGAGAUUCGCAAGAGACCUGAAAAGGCGUCAAUGACGACUGAAGAUGACGUCUACAGAUUGGUUCCAUUGGGGGAGCCAGUUUUUGCUUUUGUGUGAGCUGUUCACACGUGCCGUUUUUUGUAAGGGCCCGGGCUAUCUUGAAUAGCCUGAAAGCAGCAUUUGUUUCCAAAUACCAGUAAGAUCUUGGUAUACAGGAUGGAAAAGUGCAAUGUUUUCACACGUGGCUUCCUUGAAUAGGCCUAUGCAUUUUUAAAACGAUUUUAUACAUCUUUUCUACUUCCAUCUUUGCAAAUUCUUAACCCUAGUGAGACGUGCUUCACCACAUAUUCUAUUGUUUCGAGGGGAAAGAAACAAGGGAACUUUAUUUUUCUGUUUUGUGUCAAUAAGUAUCAAUGAACAGCUUUGUAUAAAAAAAAUCCUGUUCUAAAUUGUACUGAUUUGGUUUACUCGCAAC